AAGCCCCACUGCUUUCCAAGCAGGUGGAAAAAAGUGUGUAAUUCUAAAUGUCAUCUGUCUAUAUCUCCCAUGUAGGUUCGCACUCCCUCAGAAGACUGGAGAUUAAGACUGAUGAGAGGUUGAGAGAAACAUUUUAAUGUUUGCUGAAAUGACACCAAGCUCACACCACAUACUGUUAACCUCAAGGGAAGGGCUUGAAAGGAAUCGGUGCGCACAGUACGGACAACAGAGACCCACAUCUGAAAACAUCUUUCCAGGGUCAAGGACAAAGAAUCAGAAACAUCCAAAAUCACCCUCCUUUAGGAACUGUCUGAGGUUUUGCUUCAAGGACCGAGCGAGGAUGGAGCAGAGAGAACCGCAGAGGGAUUCUCAUGCUGACUUAACUGAAGGAAGACUCAGGGAACUGGCAUCAAAGUGGUUCAUAGAGACUCAAGUGCCACUCAUUGUCCACAAUGGCUUCUUCCCCACUUGGUUCCUGGGCUUCAUCACCAGAAAGGAUGCUGAAGAAAUACUCAGAGAAAAGGAGCUGGGCUGUUUCCUGAUCCGUCUCAGCGAUAAGGCCAUCGGGUACAUACUGUCCUAUAAAGGUAGGGAUCGGUGUCGACACUUUGUGAUAAACCAAAGUGAAAAAGGUCAGUUUGUAGUCUGUGGAGACAGUGAGGGACAUGACACAAUACCUGAUCUGAUAGAAUACUACAAGACAAGUCCCAUUGAGCCGUUUGGAGAGUACCUGACGUCUUCUUGUUUUGAGGUAAUGAACGAAGAGCUGUAUGAUACCAUCCAGAUCGGCCCUAAAGAAAAACCCGUGCCCACUGUCAGAGCUGCUAAGAACGUGCGAAAACAACAGAUGAACUUGGGCUCAGAGCAGCCACGGACACGCCCACCAAAGACCAACAGGACACUAGAGGAAGUGCCACCUUUGCCUCACAGGAGCAGGCACUUUGAGAGUGCCCCCCUGCAUGACCAGGACAGGGUUUUGUAUGCUCAGCUGAGGAAGCAAUCACCCAGGGAGAUCCCAAGAUCCCAACACAUGCUCCCGUCCCAUUUACCUGGAGAUAAUCCAGGGAGGGCUGAGAGGUCCACUACGCAGGAUCAGAACAUCAAUUGGUGUAGUCCUCCAUCAGGACCAGACUCUGUUUACUCUGAGCUCAGCCUGCUGGACAGCAACAACAGAAGGUCUCUACCAGCGCCAGACAACAGCUCUGAUGGAGAGUACUAUUACAGGCUGAGUGUACUCCCCCCACACACACCUCCAAGACUUUCCCCCAAGCCCAUCAGACAAGCCACUGGCUGUGUCCCCCGGUCUGAGAAGACAGACUCGUACAGCGCACCAGCCAGUCUAGACAACAUGAGUCACAGUGGUGUCUAUCACCUGGCUGGCAGGCCCGGCAGCCCACACACUGCAUCGUCUGAGGCCGGCUCACUGGCUUCAGAGGAGAGUAUUAAUUCAGUGUACGCCAAGGUCCCCAAUGAAGCCCUCUUUAGCCGCUUCUCUCAAGACAAUACAUAUGAGCUGAUUCCUGGGCACGAGGACGCAGCUCAUCCCAAACCCAACAGCAACACUUAUGAGCCUCUGGAGGAUGUCAGACCCAAGUCAUUAAAGAAUGACAAAUGGAAAUGGCUCUUCCCUGAGGUCAAGAGGAAAUGGUGAAGACGUUAACGUACCAGCUACUGAAGGAAAUGUUUACUAGAUUUAAUCUGACACUACUGUGUACUACUAAUAUACACUCUGUGACGACCUCUGUGAAAUACUCAACAUAGACUAACAUGGUCAUAUUCAAAUGUCGUCUUCUGUAUUUUUUGCUUUUUAAUGUAUUUAUUUAAAAAUGAUGAUAUAUUUAAAUGUUUAUUUUCCAAGUGUAAGCCAAUUUGCUAAAUAAAACACAAACUGUAUGCUUAAAUUUCACAAAAUAAUUUAUGUCAUUAAACACAAAUC